AUGGACGGUGGAGGAUCUCGAGGAGGAGCAGCCUCAAAUGAGCCGUACACUGGCUCGUUCGCGGCGCCCGACUACUACAAGCAUGGGCGGCGGUCAUCUUACCGAAGGGCCAUAGAAGCGUCGCAGCAGGACACGCUCGAGCAACAGGAGUCGCCGGUGAUACCGCAAUAUGCGCCUGCUCCGGCGACUAUCCCGCGCAAACCAGUCGCAUCGACCGGCCGCAAUGAUUCGUCGGCGUCGGCAUCCGCGUCGCACAGGCGUCGAGAAAGCCAGCCGUAUCCCGCUACGAACAGCGGACCACCGCCGACUAACCUGGUAGCUGCCAAUUCGUCUCGCGCUCCUCCGGUGCUGUACAAUGAUCAAUACGGUGCUCCACCCAUGCGCACUCAUGAUACAAAGCAUCGCUCUUCCAGAUCGCAAGCGCAGCAACCGGAUCUGUAUAUACCACCACGACCCUACGAGCCUUCAGCCAACCUAGCCUCACCACUCCCUUCCGUAGCACCUGGCGACAAAGACAAGCUGAGGAGUGGCUCAUUAUCAGGCUCUGGGAUGCAAAGACGUGAGUCAGUGCCGGGGAGAUCACCUUUACAAACCCUCGAAGGCAAGCUGGACGACAUAAGCAAAGAGGAGAGGCGUGCCAGGGUACAGGAAGCUGAGUUUCAGGCGCAGGAAAGAGCUACGACUGGGCGAGGUACGCGUCAAAGCCGCGGCGCAGCCAUAGGCUCUGCGCCGUUUCGCGUGGUUUCUGGGCCGGAACCAUCUCAGCCAUUGCUCGCAAGGACACAGAGCGGUCGGCGGCAUGUGUCUGCUCCGAUCGAAGGACUGGUUGAUGCCGAGCACCCAGAAAAGGGAGUUAUCGACUUCGGUCCACCUUGGAACCCUGAAGCGCAGCAAAGCCUUCCGCGAUUGACGCGGUAUUACAGCGCCGGAGGAGGAGCCGAAGUCGCAUCCGCAGCCGCUUCAGCACCAGCACAGGCGCCACCAGCCGAACCUCCAAAGCCACAGCGGACCAGGUCGUCACGCCAGAGUGACGGCUCAGGCGAGCGGAAUGUCUUGCGCAAAAGGAGAGACUCCAAUGGCGGAGUUCAACGAGGCGCCAGCUUCAAGGAACGAUCCGUUGCUGCUCGUAAUGACGCGCCAGAGCGGCCCCGCGAAGACCAACUCUCUGGUCGCGGUGCCGCCGUUGUGGGAGGCGCUGGUGCAGCUGCUGGGCUGGGCCUGUCCGGUAUGAGUGAACAGAGGCAUCCAGGACAGCAUUCAGAUACGCCAGGCACUCGUCCUGACACUGGUCCCGAGAAGCCUACGAGAGCUUCGACAGAUCCACAUUCAGACUACCAGAGAUCAACUGGCGUCAGAGACGUGUCCGACAAGCCCACAGCACAGAAGCAGCUUGGUACAGAGCGCAUGGGGAAGAAGCGAGCCCUCAAAGCAGCCAAAGAGCAUCUGGAGCCUGAUCCUGUGCCGCCAGAAGCUGUGCUAAACCCUCAUCCUACGGCCCCAAAAUAUGACAUCCCUCCGCAAACGCAUGGCGGUCAGGUGGCUCGAGAUAGAGUCGGCUUUGGAUCGGUUGAUCCGGAACAGAUGGCAUCUCCACCGCACGAGAAGCACCACCAUCAUCUUGGACACGCCUUCCAUCGCGAUCACGAUCCUGAAAGGCGUUAUCUAGCGCCGAAGCCGCUGCAAGAAUGGAGACAAGCUGGGAUAGCCAGUUUGAGAAGCAAUGAUCUUACCGUGGACGGUCCGGACACCAAUGCUGCACCUGGAGCUACCGACACAGACCCACCCUGGUGGGAGCGCGGCGGCUCACAGCGGCGGAGAAGUGGCGGUGCAGUCCCUCAGACCGUUACCACUAGCACCUCUUCUUACGAUGGCGGCUACGAUCAGCCUGCUGGACAGACCUCUUUUAAUCCGCCACUGUACCUCAAGUGCGGACCACUCCUGCGAUACACGGGUAUGCGAAGAGAGGGAGCGAAAGAGAUAUGGCGGGGCAGCGCUAUGAUAGUCACGAUUGACAAGCAUUCCGUAUACGAUACUCCGCCAACUUUGCGACUCUUCGUACAGCCUAUGGAUCUCUUGCCGCCCCCGCCAGCGCACCUUGACGCCUCGAGCGGGCAGCAGCUUGCCCCAGAGUACGUGGACCCCCUGGCCGGCCACAUUAAGAUGUCGCGAACUGGAAAGACGCUCUACGUCCGGCCGGUCGAGGAUCUGGAGGUGGAGAAAGACCUGUCUCGGAUCGAAGACGACAGCGGUCUCUUCGAAGAGUCUCCAAGUCCCCCAUACACAAACGGCAGAUCUCACAAUGGGCAGCAAACCAGGACCCAGGCCGAUAUUGCCAGGUCCAGGUUUCGCAAAAGGGACGGCGAGAGAGCCAAGAAGUACCGCGAAGUCAGAGCCCACCGAUUGCAUGCCGAAAGGGGCGUGACAUUCUGGAGAUUCAACCUCGAGGUCGAAUUAGGCGCACAUCAGACAAGGAUCGCCUAUCGUAUCAACAGCGGUCCGGCCGUCGGAUUCUGGGUCCCCGCAAGAGGCCAGACCAUGCACAUCAUGUUCCACAGCUGUAACGGUUUCAGUGUUAGCGUAAACCCUGAUGUGUUCUCAGGACCGGAUCCUAUGUGGCGCGAUGUCCUGAACAACCAUCAGAUACGACCUUUUCACGUAAUGAUUGGAGGUGGAGACCAAAUCUACAAUGAUGCUGCCAUGCGCCAGACGAGACUGUUUCAGGACUGGUUGGCAACGAAGAAUCCGGUCCACAAGCAUUCGGCUCAAUUCACAGUGGAGAUGCAGGAUGAGCUCGAGGACUUUUAUCUCAAUAGAUACGCUAUGUGGUUUUCUCAAGGUCUGUUUGGAAUGGCGAAUUCUCAGAUUCCGAUGAUCAACAUGUGGGACGACCACGAUAUAAUAGACGGCUUUGGAUCGUACCCCCACCAUUUCAUGAGCACGCCUGUCUUUACUGGUGUCGGCGCUGUCGCCUUCAAGUAUUACAUGCUCUUCCAGCAGCAGAGUGUAGUCGAUGAAUCGUCAAAAGAAGAGCCUUCUUGGCUGCUCGGCGCGUCACCUGGGCCGUACAUCAACGAGCUAAGCCGCAGCAUCUUCUUGUCUUUAGGCAAGCAUGUGUCUUUCCUGGCCCUGGACUGCAGGACCGAGAGGAUGAGAGACGAAAUUCUCAGCGAGGAGACAUACGAGCUUGUGUUCGAGCGAUGUAGAAGGGAGAUUACCAAGGGCGAGACCAAGCAUCUCAUCGUCUUACUUGGCGUGCCCAUUGCGUACCCUCGCCUCAAUUUCGUCGAGAACGUCCUGACGUCCCGCCUCAUGGAUCCCAUCAAAGCGAUCGGCCGCGCUGGAUUGCUAGGCGGCUUCAUUAACAAGUUUGACGGGGGUGUCGAGAUUCUCGAUGACCUUGACGACCACUGGACAGCCAAGCAUCACAAACGCGAGCGCAACGAGUUCAUACGCGACCUGCAAGAUCUCGCAGCAGAGAAGUCUAUCCGUGUAACCAUCCUUGGCGGGGAUGUGCAUCUUGCCGCCUGCGGCCAGUUCUACAGCAAUAAGAAGCUCGGCAUACCCAAAGAUCGCGACCACCGCUACAUGCCAAACGUCAUCUGCUCAGCCAUUGUCAACACGCCGCCCCCGGAGCUGAUGGCCGACGUGCUGAACAAGCGCAACAAAGUCCACCAUCUCGACCGCGACACUGACGAAGACAUGAUCCCGCUCUUCACCCACGACGUCGACGGCAAACCCCGAAACAACCACCAUCUCCUGCCGCGUCGCAAUUGGUGCUCGAUCCGCGAAUACCAGCCGGGCAGCACGCCUCCCCCGUCUCGUCCCGUAUCACCACCUCGUUCCGCCGAGAGCCCUUACGACCCGAGCCGGCCUCCACCAGGCAAGCUGUCUCGCACGAACUCCCUCACCCGUGCCGACUUCCGCCCAGGCAACCUAAUGCGCCGGCUCUCUCGCAGCGAGCGCGGGCCGCCCCCGCCAGCCUACUACAACAACGCACCGGAGCUGGACCCCUACAGUCCGCAACAGCGCCAACAGCCCCCACAGCGGCGUUCCUCAAGCGCAGGCGGGAUGCCACAGCGUCCGGACGACACGGACAACAGCUAUUUCCCGCCGCCGCAGGAGCCGCCGCGGCCUAACCCGUUCCACCGGAAGCCGACCGGCCUAAGUGAGAAGGCCGCGGGUCGAGGUGGUGCAUGGGAUCGCGCUGCCGAGGCUGGCGGCGACGGAAGGGGCGGCCACAUCGAUCUGAGCGGUGGCCUGGACAUCGUGCUCAAUGUCGAGGUCAGCCAGAAGGACCCGGCGGGCAUCACGACGCCGUACAGGUUGCUGGUUCCUGCGCUGGGGUACGUGGAGCCCGUGCGCCAUAACACAGAAGGCGAGAGACGGAAGAGCGUGCUAGGGGUGCUGGGGUUGGGUAGCAAAGCGAAGCAUGAGAAGGCGGUGGCCAGGCAUCACAAUCGUAGCUUUGAGAGCUCCCAUAGCAGCGACGUUGACGACGAUGACAACAGCCACAGGAACAGCUCCGUAAACCCGCCGCCCGUCCACCCUGCGGGCUUCGGCGCCGACGGCCAGAGAGACGCCCGCACGGAGCCCAGAGACUUCGGCGCCGCACCCGCACGCAGAGAGCUUCCGCCACAACCGCAAAUGCAACCGCAGAUGCAGAUGCAACCACAACCACAACCACAACCACAACCACAGCGGCUUCCACCUCAGACGGAGAAGCCCCUCCCAGCCCGCCCAGGCACGGGGGGCGUCGGCGGCCUCCUCCGGCGCCUCUCGCGCGACUACGGACGGAGCAGAGACCAAGUCCCACAGCGGCAGCCGUCGUACUCGCAGUCGCAGCCGUACAGAAACACGCCGCCGCAGUCCCACCCUCAGGCCCAGGCCCAGAUGCAGGGGCAGGGCCCGCCACCGCCACCUCCGGCAAUCGCGGGCGGUGUGUUUGUGGACCGUGCGACGCCGCCGAGAGGGACGCCGCCGAGGCAGAUGCCGCCGCAGCCGCAGCAGAUGCAGCAGCAACAGCUGCCUAUGGCGAGGGGAGAGCAGAUGCCGAUAAGGACGAGGUAUAGAGGGAGCCAGUACGGACAGGAGGAUGAGUACGGAGAUGAGGGAUCGGAGGGGUCGAUCACGCCGCCCGGUGGAUAUGCGGGGAGGACGGAGGGCGCGGGGGAGAGGUAUGGGUACGAUGAUCCGAGGGGUUAUGAGGCUGACCGGCCGCUGAGGAAGAAGGCUGGGUGGAAGAUUUGGAAGUAG